CAUACUUAACCCUACUUUAUAAAGUUACGGAUUAUUUAUAUCUACAUCAGUUUACAUUAUUAUAUUAUUUUUAUAUUUUAAACCAUGGCAAAAAUUAUGACAGAAAUUUUUGGAAGUUUCCAAGAAUAUUUAAACACCGAACAAGAAUUACGAGAGCAAAUUCGUGAAACGGUGCGAGAUAUUGAUCGAAUAUCACGAGAAAUUGUGACACUUCUACAAGUUAUACACCAAGAACAAACAGCAGAUACUGAAAUUCCAAACACAUGCUUGAAAGCACGAAAAUAUUUCGAUGAAGUGAGAGUCAACUAUAUUAAACUAGCAUCAGUUGUGCCACAAGAUCAGUAUUACAGAUUUCAUGAUCAAUGGAAGUUUGUUACCCAGAGAUUAGCAUUCCUAAUAGCUCUCACUAUUUAUUUAGAAGUUGGAAUAUUAGUAUCAAGAGAGACUGUUGCUGAAAUACUAGGCGUGAAAUCUAGAAGGGAUGAAGGAUUCCAUUUAGAUUUAGAAGAUUACUUGAUGGGUUUAUUACAAUUAUCAUCAGAAUUAAGCCGUUUUGCCGUUAAUUCCGUAACAUAUGGUGACUAUAAUCGGCCUCUAGAAAUAUCCCGUUUCGUUGCUGAAUUAAAUGCAGGAUUUAGAUUAUUAAAUCUUAAAAACGAUUCACUUCGUAAACGUUUCGAUGCCUUAAAAUAUGAUGUGAAAAAAAUCGAAGAAGUUGUCUAUGAUUUAAGUAUUCGUGGAUUAAAACCUAAUACAAGCACAGCUACACCAACGUCAACGGCGGCACCUACGGCAUCAAUAUCCGAGAAAUGUACAACGCAACAGAAUUAAGAUUUUUUGUUUGUUUUUUAUUAAUAAUUAUGCUCGAAUGAAAUAUUUGCUUUUUAAUUUUAUAUUAAGUACUAUUUUUUAUUAAGGACAGAAUGUGAAGUAUAUUGUACCUAAAUUUAAUUUAUUCAGAAUAAAAACGAUAAUUUUUGUUCUUAA